AUGUUGAAGCCGGCCGCGCUUGCCGUCCUCUUCCUCUUUGCCCUUUCAGCUGCCCUGGCCACACCCGGCCGCCUGGCCCCACUUCACGUGGCGACAGAUCCUUCGCAGCGCGUUCCAGGCGAGUACCUGGUCGUGGCCACCUUGAAGUCGAUCGCCGACGCUGCGAGGGACGGGAGCGCGCUCAAGCAUGUCUACUCCAUUGACGCCGACGGGUCGCGCCUGCUCCUCUUCAAGCUCUCCUCCACGUCUCUGUUCAAGAUUAGGGCUCACCCCUCUGUGGCCUUGGUCGAAGAGAACCAGUCCAUCUACAUGGACAAGGUCUGCUACACGCAGAAGGUCACUGCCGACCUGUCCAAGCGCCUCCUCGCCUGCCCGUGGACGGAAAUCCACACCUCGGCCCACUUCGUUGAUGUCACUCUGCGACAGCCGAACACUGGCAAGUGGAGGAAUGUGAAGCUGCUUAAAUACCUCGAUGGUUUCUACAUCGUGCUGCCCACCGACCAGAGCAGUGUCUCGUCCUAUAAGUGCCCGACGCGCCUCCGAGGCUCCAUGUCCGACAUCGUGACCACGUGGUUCGCCGUUCGCUUCGAUCCUGCAAACUUCACAGUCAACACGGGCGACUACACCUUCGUCAAGACCACCGGGUACAACGCGCACCACAAGGACAUGGGCCCCGAUGCUGCCACGCACGUCCCCUUCGCGACCUGCUUUGGCUGCGAAGCUCCCUCACGAAACGACGGCCGCGCCGUGGUGGACCUGCGCGGCACCCCGUUCACGGUCCUCGACAACUUUAAAUACUCUGGCUACAUCGCCUUCGGGACGUGGACCUAUUCGAACAACGCCCAAUUGGUCGACCUCACCGGCGGGGGCUACUGCGGCUGGACAGCACCGGUCAAGGCGGCGGACAACGAGAGCCUGGCGUGCAACGGCGGUUGGCACCUUCAGCUCGGCCUUCUGUGA